AUGGAGGAUGCUGAUCAAUUUGAUGAGGAUCUUAUUGAGUAUGCAAUUCGAGAGAGCCUCAGAGAUUCAUCACUCUUCCUGACCUUUUCUGCACGUCUCAACAGCUUACGAACUGUCAGUGCUGACUACUUGAGGAUAGUUGCAGCUAUUGAACAAGCUGAUGUUUGUACCCUGCAAAACCUAUCUGGGUCUCAGGCUUUCCUUGAGAGAGACAGCAGGGGAUGGCUGCCUCUCCACCAAGCUGCAGUAUUGGGCCAAGAACUGAUCUUGGAUCAGGUAAUUCUAGAGUCCUGUGAUGAAACUCUGGAGGAUGUGACUGCAGAUGGGGACACUCCAUUAAUACUGGCUGUACAGAAUGGUCUGCUGGAGAACAUCAAAAAACUAUUGCACUAUGGAGCAUCUCCAAACACCACCAACAGCUUGAACGAGUCCCCACUGCUGCUCGCAGUGAGACAGGGCACAUAUGAGAUGGUGUCCACUCUGAUCAUUGGUGGGGCCUUUGUGGAACAGACAUGUCUGAAGAAGCGGAGUGCCAUUCAUGAAGCGGCUGAAGCGGGCUGCAGUGACAUCAUCAAGCUGCUGCUGAGAAAUGGAGCCAUGGUCAACGCUAGAGAUGGCCACAAUGUCUCCCCACUGGGACUUGCAGCAGAGAAUGGACAUGCUGAGGUUCUGGACAUACUCAUACAGAAUGGUGGCGAUGUCCAUGCCCAAGCCUAUAACGGAGACACUGUUCUCUAUGACGCUGCUGGCUCAGGGGACCUGGACUGUAUUGACCUCCUCCUGCAGGCUGGAGCUGACCCAAACAUAGCCAGUUUGGCUUGCGAGCUGCCCAUACACAGAGCUGCCUACGAGGGACACUUCCUUGCUCUGAAGACCUUGAUCCCCAUCACCACUGACCGAGCCAUCACUCUGUCUGGUCAUAGCCCAGUCCACACGGCAGCGGACGGGGGCCAUGUGGACUGUCUGAGGCUGCUCAUAGAGACGGGUUUUGACAUCAACGCUCAGCUGGCAACCCACAUGUCAGAGAGCUAUGGGGACUUAAGACGGACUCCGCUCUACUUCGCUGUGUCUAACAAUGAUGUAACCUGCACCGAGACUCUGCUGGCUGCUGGCGCAAAAACAGACCUUGACCCGCUGCCCUGCCUCAUAGUGGCUGUGCGCGCUGGGAGGUAUGAGAUGGUGCGUCUCCUGGUGUCCUGGGGUGCAGAGGUCAACUGCUACUUCACAAUGAUCAGCGACACGUCGUUUCCCACUGCGCUGCAGUACUGUUUUAGAGAUCCCAGGAUGCUGCGCCUGCUUCUCAACUGUGGCUACGACGCAGACAAGUGCUUCCUGUGCUCCCACAGCAGGGAGCAGGAUAUGAACCAACUUAACAAGGAAAUAUGUACUUCGGUCCAGUUCUGUGAAAUGAUCAACCUGUUGUCAGUGGUGAACGUGGCGGGGAGUAUAGUACGAAUGCUUCUGGACUACGUCACACACCCCCGUCUCUGCCCUUCCCUUCUACAGCUGCUGAAGAGACAACGACAGUGGGCUGAAAUCUUUGACAUUUUGGCAAAUCCACGAUCUCUGCAGCACCAGUGUCGUUUGGUCAUCCGGAAUGAAAUGACCCCUAAGAAACUGAAUAACCCUGAGUUCCUGGCAGCAGUACCGCUCCCCCCAACCAUCAAACACUACCUCACUUACAAGGAGUACGAUGAGUAUGGUGAUUUCGGAGCUAUACCCAUUAAAAAUGUUAUGAAUAUGUUGAAAAAUUAG